AUGAUGUCUCGCUUAGAAGCUAAGAAGCCAUCAUUGUGUAAAACUGAACCGAUGACAAAUGACAGAGUCAGGUCCACACUUUCUGUCUUGAAAGGAAUCAUGGCCUCGUGCUACGGCCCCUCGGGGAGGCUGAAGCAGGUGCACAAUGGCCUGGGAGGUUGUGUGUGCACGACCUCACAGUCCUCAGCCCUGCUGCGCAGCCUUUCCGUCACCCAUCCUGUACUAAAGGUCCUAACAGCGUCUGUGCAGAAUCAUGUGUCCUGCUUCAGCGACUGCGGCUUAUUUACAGCCAUUCUGUGCUGCAACCUGGUCGAAAAUACUCAGAGACUAGGUUUGCCCCCCACGACUGUUAUUAAGUUAAAUAAAUACCUCUUGAGUCUCUGUACCAGUUACCUCAAGUCUGAAGCCUGUAGCUGUCGAGUCCCAGUUGACUUCAGUAAUGCACAUAUCCUCCUUGGCUUGGUGCACAGUGUCUUAACAAGCAAGCCUGCCUGUAUGCUCACCAGAAAGGAACUGGAUCACAUCGGUGCUUUGAUUUUGAAAGCCUUUUUGCUUACAAUUCCAGAAGGUGCAGAAGACCGAAUCAUUUUAGGGAAGAGUAUAAUUGUUCCCUUAAAGGGCCAAGGAGUUCUAGAGUCUGCUGUUUUACCUGGACUACUCAUUGAAGUGUCAGAAAUUCAAGUAAGCAGAUUGUCGCCCCCUCAGAAGUCCAGUGCCCUCAAGGUGGCCCUCUUCUGUGUGUCUCUAUCAGGAGAUUUUUCUAAUGCUGGAGAAGGCACUGUGGUGGUCCCUUACCAAGUGUCCCUGGAGAAUGCAGUCUUAGAGCAGCUGCUUAGUCUAGGAAGGCAGCUGGUCAGCGACCAUGUAGAUCUUGUCCUGUGCCAAAAAGUUAUCCACCCAUCUUUGAAACAAUUUCUCGGUGAGCAUCACGUUAUUGCCAUCGACAGAGUUGGAGUGACUCUAAUGGAACCCCUGAGCAAGGUGACAGGAGCAACGCCUAUUGGUUCCCUGAACAUAACAGUUCCUACUACUUACGGAAGUGUGAAAGAUGUGUGCACUGCAAGAUUUGGCCCCAAACAUUUUUUUCACCUUAUUCCUAAUGAGGCGACUGUCUGCAGCUUGCUUCUCUGCAAUAGAAAUGACACUGCCUGGGAGGAACUGAAGCUUGCAUGUCAAACAGCAAUGCAUGUCUUGCAAUUAACAAUCAAGGAACCAUGGGUUUUAUUGGGAGGUGGCUGUACCGAAACACAUUUGGCUGCAUAUAUUAGACACAAGGUCCGUAGUGAGGCAGAAAACUCUGUCAUGGAUGACGGGUGUCGUCAGUCGGAGCACCACAUUGCUGCUGAAGCGUUCUGCCGUGCUCUGGAGUCCGUGGCUGGCUCCCUGGAGCAUGAUGGCGGUGACAUUGUCAUUGACAUGAAGUAUGGCCACUUCUGGUCAUGUCAAGCAGAUUCUGCUUCUGUCGCCAACUGGCCAGCUGUGUUGUCACGAUGUGGCUGUGGUCUGUACAACAGCCAGGAAGAUCUCAGCUGGUCUCUCUUAAGAAGCGUUUAUCAUCCUUUUGCACCACAGACCUCCCUUCCACGGGUGGCUGUGGGCCCGGGCAGCAACCUGACUGUGGACUCUUUCACUGCCAAGUUGAGUGCCCUACAGGUGGCUGUGGAGACUGCCAACCUGAUUUUAGAUCUUUCAUAUGUCAUUGAAGAUAAAAACUAAUAGAGAACGUCAAGCAAACUAGUUCAGGUGUCUUAGAAAAAAAUGCUUGACAUAUUGUUUUUUCUCAAAGGCCUAGCCUCCAUAGGAGGAUAGAUGACUUAUAAAAGAAUCCUCAUAUACUUAAGGAAGGUUAUGGUUGAUAAAUAGAAAUUUAUAGACUAAUAAAAAUUGUUGAUGCCUUGGUGUCAUCACCAUCACCCCUCAUUUGGUAUCCUCACUACACAUUUAUGUUUGGAGGUUUACAAAUACUAAAAAUAGA